ACAUGGAUCUUUACAACAGAAUUGGUAAUAAAACUAGUUGGUUUACUUCCGACAGAGUUUUGGAAAACGAAAUGGAACAUUUUCGAUACGAUAAUCGUGGUUGUGUCACUAGUUGAAUUAAAUCUUGAAAAUGCUUCUUUCAAUGUUUCCGGCUUGCGGUCUCUCAGAGUGUUGCGGGUAUUUCGACUAGCAAAGUCGUGGAAUACUAUGAAGGCGCUGAUCGACAUAAUAGCUGAGUCAAUAUCAGGUUUAAUGUAUUUAUCCAUAAUAUUGGGGGUUGUGAUAUUCACUCUUUCCGUGAUCGGGAUGAACCUAUUCAAGAAGGAAUAUGAAAAUUUCUUCAACAACGAGGCCCUCCACCCUGACAGCUACGGUAACAUGCCGCGCUGGAAUUACCAGGACUUCUACCAUUCUUUUGUCUUAGUGUUCCGUAUACUGUGUGGCGAAUGGAUUGAGCUACUUUGGGAGACUCUCCAAGUUACUCGGGGCCAGAUGUGGCCCAUUCUGUUUUACUUGGGGGCUUUGGUUCUGGGCAACUUCCUUCUUCUCAAUCUCUUCUUGGCGCUUCUGCUCAACGCAUUUGGGUCGGAAUCAAUCAAUGAGAAGAAAGAAACUGCGGCGGAAGUUGCUGAAAAAGAGGUAUCUCUGACCGCUUUCUUAAAAAAGAAACUGUUUAACAUAACAAAAAGUAAACACAAAUUAGCUUCAGAGAUAAGAAUGUCGACAUUAGAUCUGAGCGCUCUUCAGCGCAUGAAGACUCCGUGCAGACAUCGUCGUAACCCUGGUAACAGUGAUAACCCUGGUAACAGUGAUAACCCUGGUAACUGUGGUAACCACGGUAACGGCGCAUCUUCUGAGUACAGCGAGGGAUCUGAAUACAUGAAUAUGAUAGACGUGGACGAACACGAGGGUAACGACCCCUACAGCUGUGACGACUGUUGCCAGUGCUGUAGUAUCUGCUGUAGACCUCUCUGCGUUUGUUGCUCCAUGUUCCGGGAAGCCACUAGAAGGAUUGUGCAACACAAAGUCUUCGAUUGGACCAUCCUUAUCUUGAUUAUGGCUUCUAGUGUUACCCUCGCUUUUGAAGACUCCUCGUUGGAGACUUCACCUUCUCUGAAGCGGAUAGUUGAUACUCUCAAUUUGUUUUAUGUUGUAGUCUUUACAGUUGAGAUGUGCCUUAAGCUCUUUACAUUCGGCGUGAUUAAUUACUUCGAGUCCGCCUGGAACUGGAUUGAUUCACUUGUUGUCACUAUAUCAAUAGUCAGCACUGUAGCGAGUAAUGCCAACAUUGGUGGUUUGAAAGUUAUAAGGUCUUUUAGAGCGUUAAGACCCUUGAGGGCCAUAUCUCGCUGGAAAGGGAUGAGACUUUCAGUAAACGCCCUGAUUUCCUCAAUUCCCUCAUUCGGAAAUGUGUCUUUGGUUUGCUUGGUCCUUUGGCUUGUUUUCUGUAUAUUGGGAGUCCAGUUCUUUGGAAACACGUUUUAUAAGUGUGUUGGAGAUGAUGGACCAUUGGAUAAUAAGAGUACUGAAAUCAAGAACAAGACUAUGUGUAUAGCACAAUUUGGACAAGACGCGUGGCAGAACUCAAAAAUUAACUUUGAUAACACAAUAAUGGCAUUCGUCGCUUUGUAUCAAGUGGCUACAUUUGAGGGCUGGAUGGAGGUUAUGGAUGAUGCCAUCGACUCGGUUGGCAUAGAUAAACAGCCAUCUUUUGAGCACAACUUUAAAGCAUACAUUUUCUUUUUGGUGUUCAUAUUUAUUGGUUCCUUCUUCACGUUAAAACUGCUGGUUGGAGUUGUUAUCGAUAACUUCAACAGACUGAAAAAAGAGUACGACGAGAAAGGACAAUUAGGAGUACUUCUCACACCCACACAACGGCAAUGGAUGUCAACCUUCAGGGAAAUGACCAAAACAAAGCCUAUACGCAUGACCACCCGUCCCACCAACUUGUUCAUGAGGUUCUGUCACGACUUGUCUGAAAACCAAAAGUUUGAGGUGGUGAUAACGAUUGUGAUAUUGUUGAACAUGAUACAGAUGGGUAUGGAGCACGAUGCAGCUAGUCCCGAGUUUAAAAAAGCUAUGAUGUAUGCUAACUACAUCUUCACUGCCAUCUACACUGUUGAGGCUUCCCUUAAAAUUAUUGGUACCCACAAAUUCUACUUCUACAAAUCCUGGAACAUCUUUGAUUUCGUAAUUGUGAUGUGUGCUUGGCUGGGGAUCGCUCUGGACAGUGUUGUGAAGAACUUUGUGAUCGACCCCUCGAUUCUCCGGAGUUUAAGACUUUUCCAGGUAGCCAGAAUACUGAGAGUUAUCCAAGUAGCAAAGGGGAUCAGACGACUCCUCUACACCCUAGUGUGCUCUCUGCCUGCUCUAAUAAACAUAGGAACUUUGCUGCUGCUCAUUGUUUAUAUCUACGCGGUGAUGGGAGUGGCGAUGUUUGGUCAAGUUAAGAGGCAGGGCGUUUUGAAUGACCAGAUGAACUUUGAACGAACACCUGCUGCAAUAAUCCUAAUGAUAAGGUUGGCCACAUCAGCUGGCUGGAAUGAUGUGCUAGAUGCCCUCAUGGUCUCCCCGCCGGACUGCAGUGCUUCUACUGCAGACUCUCCCGGAGACUGCGGGUCCAAGGGUUUUGCUAUUGUCUACAUUUCUUCCUUCAUUCUCAUCGCUUUCUUGAUCAUGGUAAACAUGUAUAUUGCUGUCAUCCUAGAUAACUUUAGCAUUGCUCAACAAGAUGACGAGGUCGGAGUAGACGUAGACGACAUCAAUCUUUUCUACGAGAAAUGGAAGGUCUUUGAUCCGAAAGCGACAGGAUUUCUAAACGUGAGAGUGUUGCCAGACCUAGUGAGACAGCUAUCACAACCUCUAGGGAUACCCGGUGUUACAGAGGAGGAAGUGUUGCAGUUGGAUAUUCCACUUUAUCCUUAUGAUAGGACCCAUUGUAUUGACGUUCUUCAGGCUCUUAUCUCACGAACUCUCGGUCCUAAUAGCAAUGCAGACGAGUUUGAUAUGAUUAAAUCGCUCAUGUCUGAAAACUUUACAACAGCCUUCCCAAUGCUUUCUAUAGUGACCGUCAAAACAACCAGGGUACGAUCGAGGUGUAGUGCGACGAUUGUGCUGCAAAAAGCAUUCAGGAGACAUGUUAGUAUGGACAUUACCACCGCAACAAUUGAAGAUUUUGAGGGAGUGCAAGAAAAUGAACAUUUUGAGGGAGUGCAAGAAAAUGAAACUGAAUCUUUCGAGAAAAUGCAAGAAACUCAAUCUUUCGAGGGAGUGCAAGAAACUGAACAUUUCGAGGGAGUGCAAGAAACUGAAACUGAAUCUUUCGAGAAAAUGCAAGAAACUGAAUCUUUCGAGGGAGUGCAAGAAAGUGAACCUUUCGAGGGAGUGCAAGAAACUGAACCUUUCGAGGGAACGCAAGAAACUGAACCUUUCGAGGGAGUGCAAGAAACUGAACCUUUCGAGGGAGUUCAAGAAACUAAAUCUUUCAAGGGAGUGCAAGAAACUGAACAUUUCGAGGGAGUGCAAGAAACUGACACUGAAUCUUUCGAGAAAAUGCAAGAAACUGAAUCUUUCGAGGGAGUGCAAGAAACUGAACCUUUCGAGGGAGUGCAAGAAAGUAAAAUUGAAUCUUUCGAGGGAGUGCAAGAAACUGAACCUUUCGAGGAAGUGCAAGAAAAUGAAACUGAAUCUUUCGAGAAAAUGCAAGAAACUCAAUCUUUCGAGGGAGUGCAAGAAACUGAACAUUUCGAGGGAGUGCAAGAAACUGAAACUGAAUCUUUCGAGAAAAUGCAAGAAACUGAAUCUUUCGAGGGAGUGCAAGAAAGUGAACCUUUCGAGGGAGUGCAAGAAACUGAACCUUUCGAGGGAACGCAAGAAACUGAACCUUUCGAGGGAGUGCAAGAAACUGAACCUUUCGAGGGAGUUCAAGAAACUAAAUCUUUCAAGGGAGUGCAAGAAACUGAACAUUUCGAGGGAGUGCAAGAAACUGACACUGAAUCUUUCGAGAAAAUGCAAGAAACUGAAUCUUUCGAGGGAGUGCAAGAAACUGAACCUUUCGAGGGAGUGCAAGAAAGUAAAAUUGAAUCUUUCGAGGGAGUGCAAGAAACUGAACCUUUCGAGGAAGUGCAAGAAACUGAAUCUUUCGAGGGAAUGCAAGAAAAUGAAAAUGAACCUUUCGAGGGAGUGCAAGAAAGUAAAAUUGAAUCUUUCGAGGAAGUACAAGAAACUGAACCUUUCGAGACAGUGCAAAAAACUGACAAUGAAUCUUUUGAUCCUGAAAUUAAACCUUUCCCUGGAGUGAAAAAUCUAAGACUUAUAUUUGAACGCUGA